AUGUCAGACAUGGAAAGCCCAAAGAGAUUGUACAGCGACGUCGUCAUCAUCGGAGCAGGCCUGUCGGGAAUCAACAUGGCAUGUCAGCUCCAACGGCAAUUACGUAUCAGCGACUACGUGAUUUACGACCGCGCUCGAGAAUUGGGUGGCGCGUGGGCCGCCAACAAAUAUCCAGGAUGCAGUGUUGAUAUACCCGGAGCUUUAUAUUCGUUGUCAUGGUUCCCGAACCCAAAAUUUACCAGCCUUUUCCCGUCCCAGAAGGAGAUUUUAUCCUACAUCCAAUGCGUUGCUCGCACUAACAAUGUCACAGAACAUGUGGAGCUUCAGAUUGAAUGGAAUGGUGCCCAGUGGGUAGAAUCAUCUGGUACAUGGCAUGUCUCUCUCAGAAAUUUGAGGACAGAAGAGGAAUUUCUUCACGAAGCCAAGGUGCUGGUUUCCGCUGUCGGGGGCUAUACAAAUCCCAAGUUUCCCAUCCUGCCUGGCUUGGACACAUUUGAAGGCCCCAUGGUGCAUACUGCCAAAUGGAAUAAAGAGUACGACCUCCGAGGCCUCAACGUAGCCGUGGUGGGUAACGGAUGUUUGUUCACCUAUGACUCGCCUGUAGUUCCUGCUGUGAUCGAUGAAGUCAGCAGCCUGACGCAGUUCAUUCGAAGCCCCCAAUAUUAUGUGCCGAUGCCUAUGGGCAAUUAUCGAUUUGGAAAGGUAUUGCGCGCUUGCUUCUCCUACAUUCCACUCACUUUGCUGCUUAUCCGUUGGCUGGUCUUUUGGAUCCUUGAUACCACACUUGGGCAGUUUUACAACGGUUCCAAAGGAGACAUAUUGAGAGAGGAGAGAGCUUCGCGCAGUCGGAAGUAUAUUGCGGAGAACGCUCCUGAGCGAUACUGGCCUUUACUUACACCUGGCUAUGACCUUGGGUGCCGACGAAGAAUACUAGACAAUCACUAUAUCCGAUCUCUUCGCAGCCCUAGAAUGAAUCUGAUCAAGGACUCGAUUUCACAAGUCGACUCGAAGAGUAUGGUGACACGUUCAGGCGACAAAUACCCGGUUGAUUUCAUCAUUCUCACGACAAGGUUCGAGUUCACUCAAUGGAAGGCCGAUUCAGUGAUAGGCCGGCGAGGAAAGUCGCUGAAACAGAUUUGGGAUGAUCGAGGCGGCAUCGGCGCUUACAAAACUGUGGCGAUGAACGAGUUUCCCAACAUGUUCUAUUUACUAGGUCCGAAUUCAGGCAGCGGACACACGUCUGUCCUUUUUGCGAUCGAGUGUUCGGUCAACCUCGUUAUUAGGAUUGCACGUCCUAUACUGCAGCGACAGGCAUCGAUCGUAGAGGGCUUGGAGCAGCCUACACAUCUCAAGAAGACCUGCAAGAAGCACAAACAUUGCUGA